GACCUCACCCUGCAGCAGCUAAGGGCAGAGAAUGAUUUGUGGCAGCACUCUCAAGUGAGCUUGACUCCGCAUGCCAGCCUGCACCUGGAUCGGCCUAUAACACUUGAAGACUGUGGGAAGCAGUGAAGGAGAUGGCGCACGGCAAGAGCCCUGGAUCAGACGGGCUCCCUGUGGAAUUCUACGAAGCAGUCUGGGACCACAUAGGUCCGGACCUUCUUGCACUCUACAACCGUAUUCUAGAGGGAGAUACCUUGAUGCCAGACAUGAAGCUGGGAAUCAUUACUCUCAUAUAUAAGAAGGGUGACAAAGCUAAUAUUCGCAAUUGGCGACCCAUCUCAAGGCUGAACGUCUCCUAUAAGAUACUGGCGAAGCUCCUGGCAAGAAGGCUGGCACCGUAUCUUCCAACUCUCGUCCACACGGACCAGGGCGACUUUGUGCAAGGACGCUCAAUUGCUGAGAACAUACUCAUGGCGGUGGGAGCUUUGGAAGUCAUUCAGAAGGAAAGGCRGCAAGUGCUAGCAGCAAUGCUGGACCUCGAGAAGGCAUACGAUCGCCAGGAGUUAUCAUUAGCACGUGGCGAGGAUGUUUGGUGUUGUGUUUUCUUGUCCUCAUAUGCGCGUAGACAGCUGCAUUCUCCACUGGCAAAGGGUUUAUGGGCUGCUUGGGCUCAGCUAUGCCCCACGAACAAAAGAGAUCCAGCUACAAGGGAGGAAGUACUCAGACAACAUCUCUUCGACAAUGCUCUUAUCUGCAAUGGCCAGGGACUCCCCUUUGAAGCAACCGCUACCCCUGGCCAUUUCGGUAGGAAAUGGAUGGAGCGAGGUGUCACCAGGAUACAGGACCUGUGGGAUGAGACCCACGAAGACUGGAUCACAGACGACCAAUUGAAGCAAAAGCUUGGGACACUCCAGCUCCUCUCACCCAGAAGUCAGCAAAUUCGAGAAGCAAUCCCAUCUCAUUGGAUGGAUCUCCUACGUUCUAAAGACCUGGUGGAGGGCGAGUGGUACGGGCCUCCACAGCAGACAGAGCCGAGGGCCUUUUUGCAGAUAGAGGAGCAGUUGGACAGCAACACUUGGAGGGCACAGCUGUGGCAGGAAAAGGUAAACCCCGCUACACCAAACGGUCUACAGCUUAUGGGCGAGGUGGCCAUUGACUCCCAACAUGCCUUGCGACAGAUACGAGUUUUCACGAAAACACAAGAGGGAGUGACCACGCACCAGCUGCUACUGGAAGGCCUUCCCUUGAUCUCGCUAAGAAUAGAUCCUCUGGCGUGGCAUUGGGAGUUGCCUGGUGGGCAGGUCAARCCUCUUCUGUUGUAUACUUMGGCUCUAGGAAGACAACUUCAGAACAAGGUUCAUAGCCUCCCGUUGACAGCAGCAGGGUUGCUCAAUAGGCUCAGUGAUAAUGCACGGCCAAUUACAGCRCAGGAUAUGUCAACUCUCUGGGUGCAGCUGACAGCCUUACCGUCUCAAAAGYUAGCAGGUAUCUUAUGGCUGAUAUCGCAUGCUUCUAUCCCCACUGCUGCCUGGCUCUUUCGAAAGAGGAAUGGAGAUUGAAACAAAAUGCAGACGCUGCG